UUAUAUGCGGUAAGUUCACAAGUGAAAGUAGUUAUUGUGCAUAUUUUUUUUAACAUUCGAAACUAUUCAAGUCAUAACUUAAUUUAUUGAAGAAAAUAUAUACAGAAUUUGAAGCAUAGAAAGUUAGAGAGUGUGAAUUCUCCCACAUACAGUAUCCCUUUAUCAAUUUUCUCCCCCAUUAAUAUCCUUUUAGCUCAUUCUUUCUUACUUCCUCUCUAGAGACUCCACUUACAACGCACUUAGAAAGAAUAUACUGUGAAGAGGAAUGUACACUUCUUUCCUAUUUUUCUGAAUUAUACCAUUCAACAAUGAAUUAGCCACAAAUUUAGAUACACUUAUAAUGACCGAUAGUUUUGUCUUUGCCUAGAACAAAAUCAGACGUACAUAAACCCGUAACUGUGUCCGUUUAAAGGUUAACUGUAGAGAAACUAGUAAUAAUUUAGGGUUAGUGGUCUGUGGUUAUCCAAGAACUAAAUAUAAUUUUAUUUUAACUGUAAGAUUGGAAGUAAACAUAUUUAAGCUAUUAUAAAAUGGCUGAAAAAUUAAUUUCUGUAGAAUUUGAAGUCUUCGGAAGGGUCCAGGGUGUACUUUUCGGAAGGUAUAUGAUGAAAGCUGCUAAAUACCUUCAAGUGAGGGGUCUGAUUACGAAUACUCAUCGACAUUCUGUAAAAGGAGUUAUUGAAGGACGUAGUUCAUCAAUAGAAUCAAUGAAAUGGUGGUUACGCAAACAAGGCAGUCCAUUCUCUUAUAUAGCUUUAACCAUCUUCACUGACGAAAAGGAAAUAGACCGAUAUACAUAUAAAUCAUUUAAAGUUCGGGCAUAGAUGAAAACUUACAAGCAAAUAUUUACUAUGUUUUCAUAUAUUUAUAUAUAGAUAUUUUUACUAUUUUCAUUUUAUUUGUAUACCAUAUUUAUAUACAGAUUUAUGUUGGUGAUUGUAUGAUUUGUAUGUUGUUAUGUACUUAUCACUCUGGACAUGUGAAUUAAUAAACGUUUUCUCAUUGGGUUA